UGAUAAGCCUCUAUUUAUCAAUGUGUGAUGUAUGUCAACAAAAAAAGACAAAAAAGAAGAGAGGACUAGUUUCUAAGCCGAUUCUUCACACUGAAAUGAAUAGCAGAUGUCAAGUGGAUUUGAUCGAUUUUCAGACACAACCAGACGAACAAUUCAAAUUUAUUAUGGUUUACCAAGACCAUUUAACAAAAUUUGUUCUUCUGCGUGCGUUAACAUCUAAGAGAGCGGCAGAAGUGGCCUACCACCUGAAUGAUAUAUUUCUGACCAUAGGAGCACCAUGUAUUCUCCAAUCCGACAAUGGUAGAGAAUUUGUCAAUAACGUGAUUAGUGAGCUCGCAACUCUUUGGCCAGAACUUAAAAUUGUGCAUGGAAAACCAAGGCACAGUCAAAGUCAGGGUUCCGUUGAACGCGCUAAUCAAGAUAUAGAGAACAUGAUAAGUUCCUGGCUGAAGGACAACAAUUCAACGAAAUGGUCGGAGGGUUUAAGAUAUGUCCAAUUUAUGAAAAACCGUGCCUUUCACUCGGGAAUAAAGCAAUCACCUUACAAGGCCUUAUUCGGGAUAGAGCCUAGAGUAGGCCUUUCGACAUCGUCGUUACCGCAAGAUAUACUAAAAGAUAUUCAGGACGAGGAUGACCUUAGACAAGUUAUCGAAGAUGAUUCGGAAUGUAACCAGAGUGAAGAUGGCGAUGGCGGCGUUGUGGAAAUUGACACACAAAACAUUAAAGAUGCUAGAAGAAGUGCGGCAGAAAAUCUUGAAAAGCAAGCAAAAAGAAUGAAAGCUUCUUCUGACAAAUCCCAUCCACCUGCCAACAUAGGAGACAAUGUAACUAUACCAAUUCCAGACGUAGACAAAGGCAGAGGUGAUCUCAGAAAUAUAAUUGGGGUUAUUCUUCAGAGAAACGAUGAGGGCUUUUACAAAAUUGGCACCAAACAUGGUGUAUUGCAAAAAUUAUACUGCAGAACUGAAUUCGAUAUUUGCAGUCAGAAAUUUUUGAGCGUAGGCGAGGUUGACCAAGAUACUGAAAUAUCUCUGAGGACUGCAGCCACUAAACAUUCAGUUGGUUCAGGGCAAGGAUUCGUAAGGUGCAGCUGCAUAAGGAACUGCUUGACAAACAGGUGCAAAUGCAAGAAAAAGAAGGUGCUCUGCAAUUCCAAAUGCCAUCAGAGUACAGCAUGCAAAAAUAAGUGAAAUUUAUUUUGUUCUAAAUGAUAAACAUUAAUAAUACAAUCUUAUCUAAUUAAUAAUUUACAAAUUACAAAUGAUAAAUACAUCUUGAUUUUAUAACUAGUA